UAUAGACCGCGGGCCGAGGUGCAUUUUCUUUUCAUCUCGUGCCUCAAAUUUGUAUCUAGCUGUAUUUUGGUCAACAUGUUUAAAAAUAUUUAUUACAGUCACAUCUGAAACUCGUCAGUAACAAAACUUGCACAUUUUCUGAAAAUAUCAAAAAACAAAAAAACAAAUUUGAGACAAUUUUUCACUUUCUACGGUAAGAAUGACCAAUCACAAUACGUUGCUGAUAGCAUGAUGUGUGGAGUGACUGGCUUUUGGCCAAUCAUAUUCUUUGUUUUAUGCGCACGCCUAUGCGACUUUUACUGUGCACUGCGACUUUCACUGUGUACUAUGGCGACUUCUGAGUCGUUUGAUGCCAGUGAGACGGACAAUUCUGAGGCUGGUGAAUCCGCUUUCUGUUCCAUACAUGUCAUCGAUACUCAGAGCAAGAUUAUACCAUUUAGUGAUAAAAGCUAUCAAAAGUGUAAGGAGUGUGCAGCUAAGUGGGUAAUCGUGGAAGAGAGUUUAGAAAGUGAAGUUGCAGAGAAGUUGCAAGAACACGUACACGAAAGUGAAGGUGUGGGACAAGUCGGUCUUCAGUCAUCGACAACAAGCAGGGAGCACCAUACUCGGCUUCGAGGAUAUCAUGCUGAAUGUUACCGACACUUUUGCAACGUAACGACAAUCAGUAGAGCAUUGACAAGACUUCAGAAGAAGAGAGAUGCUGAGAAGACAUCUACAGAAGAUCCAGAGGAAGUGUCAGCAAGUGAGGAUGCCCCUGCACCCAAGAGACUGCUGCGGUUGAGAGUAUCCCAUGAAAAUCAACCCUCUACCAGCCAUGACUUUGAUAAGCCGCAUGUAUUGCCAGUCCAUUGCAUUAUCUGCAAAGGAGCUAAGUAUAUCCGCGAACAGUCUUCUGGUAAACGGAAGGUAGAAAAAUUAAUUCUUUGUGAAAGAAAAGGAGGUUGAAUCAGAUGAAGAAGAUUCAGAUGGAGAAUAAGCAUUCCCCUAGCAAUGCAAUUUGUAUUUCACAUUGAAUAAAGAAGAAAAAGCUAGAAUUUCAAAAUGAUUCUUGAACUACACCCAUGUUAGAUUUAAGUUUGUAUCCUGGAUGAUUACACUCUGUGUGUUUGUAGUUGAUGAAAGGCAAAAUGCUUACAAAAUGAAAAAGGAAAAUGUGUAUUACUUGCAAAAUAAUCAUUAAAUCUGUCAUGACACCCGUGAUGAUUUCUCUUUAUUCUUUGCUUACUUUCAUAUGUUUUUUUUCCUUUAAAUAAAAAGAGUGUAAACACAGGAUGGAUAUACUUGCCUUCUGAAAAAUGACAAGAUCACAAAACAAAGUGAUUUAAGCAUUAAUGUGUCAUUUAUGUUCUUUUGUUAUACUCUAUUCAAUAUGUCACAGUUAUUAUUGACCCCUGAGCUGAUUAACACAACUUUGAAUCAUUCAUUAGCCAAAUCAAAAUUAAAACUAAAACAAAUACAUACAUAUAUUUUUUAAAGGA